GUUUCUCAGUAAUUAUAUAUAUAUAGUAGGGUCGAUUCUAUAAAGUUAAAUUUUAAGUGGAUCACAACUAGAUUUUCCCUGGACAAAGAGGUCUUAGAAAUAGGAAAAGAAAAAAAGAAAACUAGAAGAGUUUCUUUUAUUUUUAAUUUUUAAAAAGUUCACGUGACCCCACUAAACUAGAGCUGCUCCGCCCCUCGUCUUGCAUGCAUCAUGCAUGAUAUAAGGGAAAAUGAAAGUUUGGUCAAAAUAUUUACUAUAUAUAUAUAUAUAUAUAUAUAUAUAUAUAUUGCUAGCUGCAUUUGCCCUAUUCUAUAAGCAAAAGCAUUUUGGUCGGUAGAAGACUUGAUACUGUCUUUAUAAGUAUACACGAAGAGAAAAAGAGGUAAUAAGAAAGAAGAGGAGAAGUAAUUAAUGGAGAUCUAUAGUCUUCUGCUAUCUGCUUUCGGUGUUAUUGGGUUCGUCUACUGCUUCAUUCAUAUCUUCAAGGAAAGCUUGCUUGGUCCAUUUGCGGUGAAGAGGAAACUCCAUAUUCAAGGUAUAAAAGGUCCUUCUCCUUCUUUUCUUUAUGGAAAUCUAUCUCAGAUGCAGCAAAUCCAGUUGAAGACAAAGAAAGAGCCUCCACCCCAUGAUCAAAUUGCAGCACUGGACUACACCUCUAUCGUGUUUCCUUACUUUGAACAUUGGAGGAAACAGUACGGUCCAGUGUACACUUAUUCAACAGGAUUUAAACAACAUUUGUACCUAACAGACCCUGAGUUGGUGAGGGAAAUGAACCAGUGCAAUACUUUGGAUUUGGGGAAACCUCCUUAUGUCACUAAAAGAUUUGCGCCCAUGUUCGGCAAUAGCAUUAUCAGGUCCAAUGGCCAUUUUUGGGCUUUACAGCGCAAAAUGGUUGCCCCAGAAUUUUUCAUGUUCAAGGUCAAGAGCAUGGUGGGGCUAAUGGUGGAAUCAACCAAACCAUUGAUAAGGGAGUGGGAGCAACGCAUUGAAACUCAAGGUGGUGCCCAAGCUGAAAUUACAGUGGAUGAUGAUUUGAAGGGUCUAUCAGCCAAUGUGAUCGCAAGAGCUUGUUUUGGCAGCUCUUAUUUCAAAGGCAAUGAGAUUUUCUCCAAGCUUAGAACUCUCCAUAAAGCCCUUACCAAGCAUGCCACCCUUUUUGGCUUCUCAGGUUUUCGCAAGAACUACAGAGAAAUUAGGAGCUUGGAAAGAGAGAUAGAGUCGUUAAUUUGGGACACAGUUCAAGAACGCCAAAGACAAGGUUUAACUGAAAGGGACCUAAUGCAAUUAAUACUUGAAGAAGCUGUCAACAACACUGAUGCAGGGAAGCUUUCACCAAAGCAGUUUAUAGUAGACAAUUGUAAAAGCUUAUACUUUGCAGGACAUGACACGACUGCUAUUUCUGCUUCUUGGUGUUUGAUGCUCCUUGCUUUACAUCCAGAUUGGCAAUCUCAAAUCCGAGCAGAAGUUGCAGAAUUUUGCAAUGAUGAAUUGUUAGAUGCCAAUUCGCUGUCCAACUUGAAAACGGUAACAAUGGUGAUUCAAGAGGCCCUGAGGCUAUUCCCACCAGCAGGAUUUGUGGUAAGGGAGGCAUUUGAAGAAGUCAAAAUUAGAAAUAUUAUAAUACCGAAAGGUGUAUGCACGUGGACUUUGAUUUCAACCUUACAUAGAGAUCCAAGUAUUUGGGGACCAGAUGCUGACAAGUUUAAUCCUGGAAGGUUUGCUGAUGGGAUCUCUAAAGCUUGCAAGUUUCCUCAAGCCUAUAUCCCUUUUGGAUUAGGGACUCGCUUGUGCGUCGGUAGAAACUUCGCCAUAGUAGAACUGAAAAUUGUUAUCUCCCUUAUUGUUUCCAAGUUCAGAAUUUCCUUGUCACCUAAUUAUGUUCAUUCUCCUGUCCUUAGAAUGCUUGUUGAACCUGAACAUGGUUUACAACUUCUAAUCCAAAAGAUAUAGUUAGUGUUAGUGGAUUCAAAAAAUUAUAUGCUGAUAUACUUAUGGAUUUGCUAUAUUGCUGUAGCGUGUGUGUGUAUAUUGUUGAACAAUGACUAGUGCCAUUGCUGUGAA